AUGGCGUGCAUCUUCGCUCAGGUUAAUGAAACCUGUUUCAGGGCUACGCAAUUAGCAUCAUCGCUUCCCAAUUUAAUUGUCGGACUUAUACCAGAUAAUAGUUUAGAUUCAGAUAUUGGUGCUCCUUGGCUAACAGGCAUAUGGCAGGCAAUUUUGACAGGAAUCGUUCCACGUUCUUGGGGCAAUUUGAUGCAAUGCGGAUUGAGAAGUUACAACGGCAUUGCCGUGAGGUUGAUGGGCAUGAGAGUUUCAAGCAGCCUGUUGAUUGCUGCUAAAACCAUUGCAAAUACUGGUGUGCAAGGGUGGUUGGAUAAGGACUUGGCCGAAUUGAAGGCAGGAAGAAAUUUUUUGACGAUAUUUGAGGCGGAGGAGUUGCUCACCAAAGAAGAGCAUUUCCUGGAUGCACACUCGCGCUAUGGGAUGGCAUGUUUUAGUAUUGGGUUAAUUAAUCACGAUUCACGUCACCAUGACGAAAAAAAAUUAUCAUGGAGAAUUAGGAAUUGGGCAGUUGUUAACGAAAUUCCUACCUAUACCAUUGGAAAUGGUGGACGUGCUAGCUUACCAUUAACGUGUGAAAGAUUAAAGAAAUUAAUUAGUGCAGACUUAUAUGGGGCAAGAAAUCUUGUAUCUCGAGAAAUAAUAUACGUUCUCUUUAUAAUCGCUGAUGUAACUGUGGUUAUAAUAUCAUGGGUUGCAUUGUGGGGAAAAUUUAGUGAUGUAGCUGUGCAGACUCAAAAGAUAAUAACUGUAGUUACCAUGAUUCUUGCUGAAAUGUUUGGUUCCAUUCUUCUUGUUGGAGCAGCUGUAUUGGUUGACUACCAACUGAAAACACGUGAAGAGGAUGAAGACAGGAUGUUACCAUGCAGUGGAGGUGAUCCAAUAACUUUCGUUGACCGUUGGUAUGAUGAUACUAAAAACCCAGAGCAUACAUUUAUCAAAACAUUAGUUGAUGUUGAUGGGAAGGAGGUAUUCAAGUUACCAGAAUUACAAAGACCUAAUACUAAUAACGGUAGAGAAUGUCCAUGCCGCAUCCUUAUGAGAUCAAUACUGCGAGCACUUGAGAUGCGUUCAGACCGUUUUCAGUUUGAUGGUAAAGGUAAACAGAAACCACAAAACAAUGAAAAUGAUCCAGCUGUCAACUCGUGUUUUAAAGCACUGGACAAUCCUCUUCACAAUGAUGGUAACCCUCCAUUGCUGGGCCGUCGUAGUGGGGUUAAUAAAUUGGUUCACAAUCAUUCUGGGAAUGGCUUAGAAAUCCCUAUUGUUGCUUGGUGCACUUUCUGGAAAUGUAGAGAAACAAAUGCUACGUGUGGGCUUCCAGCAGUGGGUGUUAUUUUUGGCAUAAUUGGGAUUCUUACUGGGCUUUUCUUACAAUUGUUUACUGGUAUAUAUGGAAUGUGGGUGGGUGCUGCAUUUAGUGCAUUAGAAAAAAAAAGUUGGCCAACGUCUUUCCUUGCCGUUAUGGCUACUUCUUAUCCAGUUCUCAACGAACUCUUUAUAUUCUUGAAUGACACCUUGACCCAGGCAUCUAUACAUUACUCCAAGAUUCCUGGUUCGACGAUCGUAUUGAAAUAUGUGAAAAAUUCUUAUCAGAACGACCCAUUUCGAUCCUUGUUAGAACUAUUUUUGGUGUUUUUUGCCCUAAAGUAUUUGUUCUCCAAGACAUACCGCACAGACAAUUUUGUUGAACUGACUGAGCAGGAAGUAGAAGAAUUGGUGGAUGAAUGGCGACCGGAACCACUUGUUUCUCCAUUGACUGAGUAUCAGAAAUGGGACUUGGAUCAGACACCAACGAUAAUUGGUUCACAAGGUCCAAAACCAAAGUUGGCAAACGGUAAGACACUGAUUAAUCUCGCUAGCUUUGACUUUUUGGGUUUCUCGACGAAUGAGCAUAUCAAGGAAAAGGCAAUACAGACACUACGUUCUUAUGGUGUUGGAUCAUGUGGCCCACCCGGUUUCUAUGGCACUCUUGACGUUCAUAUGAAAUUUGAAAGGGACAUAUCUGAAUUCCUUGGAACGGAGGAUGCAAUUAUCUAUUCUCAAAGCUUUUCGACUAUUUCGUCGGCCAUUCCUUCAUUUUGUAAGAGGGGCGAUAUAAUCGUCGCGCAAGUAUUCUUAUGUCCUGGUGAUAAAGGAUGUAAUCUUGCGAUUCAGAAAGGGGUUCAGAUUUCUCGCUCUACUGUCAAAUGGUACAACCAUAAUGAUAUGGAAGACCUCGAGAGAGUUCUCAAAGAAAUACAGGAUAAUGUUAAUUCUAGCAGACGGUUGACUCGAAGGUUUAUAAUAGCUGAGGGAAUAUCAGAGUAUUUCGGUGACAUAGCACCACUCCAUAAACUUAUUGAAUUGAAGAAGAAAUACAAAUACCGCUUGAUUCUAGACGAGAGCCUAUCAAUCGGAACAAUAGGUCGUCGAGGCGCAGGGCUGACCGACUAUUUUAAUAUUAAUUCGAAAGAAAUUGAUAUGAUUGUAGGUUCGAUGUGUAAUGCUCUCUCUGCUGCCGGAGGGUUCUGUGCUGGAUCGUAUGAGAUAACAGAACAUCAGCGUAUUUCUGGAUUAGCAUAUUGUUACUCAGCCUCACUUCCAGCAACGCUUGCAGUCAGUGCGUCAGAGUCUCUGUCGAUACUCUCACAGAAUCCGCAGCUUCUUGUCAAUCUCAAUGAAAACGUCGGAGCGCUAAAGAAUGUCUUAGGGAAUGUCAAAUAUAUUACUUUAGAUGGGGACAAAGACUCUCCCGUAAUCCAUAUAAGAUUAAGACAAGAUGUAGCGAAUAUUGCUGACGUUGAAGAAAAAGAGAGAGCAUUGCAGGAAAUUGUUGACGAGGCAAUGAGUAACGGUAUUCUACUCACUCGCGCCAAAUAUGUUAGAUUACAAGAACUCUUUUACGUCGAACCAAGCAUCCGCAUUUGUGUUUCCGCUUUCUUUACUAGGAAAGACAUUGAUAAAGCAGCAGCUGGAAUCAAGAGCGCUAUUGUUAAAGUUUUUAAAAACAGAUCAAAGUAG